ACAGGUUUGACCAGUUCAUUAUACUUUCUCUUACGACUUCUGCUGACUAGAACAUAGUUCAGUACGGAUCAAGAUUUACCAGAAACUGGUAAAGACGCGUCACGAAUAUGAACUCUAUAGUCAACAAAAGUAUUUCAUAUUUCCUGAUACAAUUGAAUCAUUGUCGAUACCGAAAUAUUGUUUCUAAAUGUACGACCUGUUCCUUAGUAGGUUUGACAUUUAAAAAUAGAUGUGAGAAAUGGAUGUUUCGAAGAUCUAUGAGCCUUUUAACGGAGUGUAUAGUACCGGAAUUGAAAGCUAUAGAGGCGGCUGGUACUUGGAAGAAGGAGCGCGUAAUCGCUUCCCCUCAGCGAACACGAAUCGUCCUGACGAACGGUGUAGAGGCUUUAAAUUUCUGUGCGAACAAUUAUUUAGGACUAGCGGAUAAUAAAGAAGUGAUAUCCGCUGCGAAAUUCGCUUUAGACAAAUACGGAGCCGGUUUAAGUUCCGUAAGGUUCAUAUGCGGUACACAAGAGAUUCACGUGGAACUUGAAGAGAAGAUCGCACGAUUUCACGGCAGAGAAGCUGCUAUUCUUUAUGCGUCGUGUCUCGACGCGAACGCUGGAUUAUUCGAGGCACUGUUGACAUCCGAAGACGCGGUUUUCAGUGACGAGCUCAAUCAUGCCUCGAUCAUCGACGGUAUUAGAUUGUGUAAAGCGAAGAGACACAGGUAUAAGCACCGAGACAUGGAAGACUUGGAGAACAAGUUGAAAGAUAGUAUGUCUUCGCGCUUGCGACUUAUCGCUACUGACGGUGUAUUUUCUAUGGAUGGCACCGUCGCACCUUUGUCAAAGAUACUGGAGCUCGCAAAGAAAUACAACGCUCUAACGUUCGUCGAUGACUGCCAUGCUACUGGAUUUUUUGGGAAAACUGGAAGAGGUACAGAAGAAUAUUUCGAUCAAUUGGGAAGUAUCGAUAUCAUUAAUUCUACGUUAGGCAAAGCUCUCGGUGGAGCGGCCGGUGGCUAUACGACCGGUAAAAAGGAACUGAUCGAUUUAUUAAGGCAACGCAGUAGACCGUAUUUAUUUUCAAAUUCUUUGCCGCCGCCUGUAGUCGCGUCAGCGAGCAAGGUAUUAGAUUUGAUAACAGAUUCUACCGAGUAUUUGAAUCGUCUGAGAAGCAACACCAAUUUGUUUAGAAAUACUAUGAAAAUGGCAGGUUUCACGAUCGUCGGCGACGAUCAUCCAAUCUGUCCCGUUAUGAUAGGCGAUGCGAGAUUAGCCAGCAAAUUCGCGGAUAAGAUGAUCGAGCAAGGAGUCUAUGUUAUCGGUUUUAGUUACCCCGUGGUACCGAGGGACAAAGCGAGAAUACGCGUCCAAAUCAGCGCCGCGCAUUCGGCGAACGACAUAGAACGUGCUGCGAACGCGUUUAUACACAUUGGAAAAGAAAUUGGAGUUAUUAACUGAGGUAUUUCUCGUUCGUAGAAAGUAUACUGUUCGAGUGAAAUGAUUCUACAGUAUUGAGAAGAAUAGAAUUUUGACAGAGGCA